GCUUCGUUGAGAAGACUAAAGAGCCUGCGCGAGUGUUGGUCUUUCAUGUCAUAAAGCAAGUUGUCUAUUGCCGGCCAUUUGGAUGUUUGAGAUUCACGUAGACCGACUGUGGAACCUGCGCAAGCUCUUUGUAUAUCGCGCCAUAUAUCUUUUUGUCUCUUGCUGGACAUGUGGUCGAAUCAAGCUCGCAUGAUCGGCUCAGUUCUGGCCCACAAAUACUGCACGCAAACAACGUAGUUGUCUUUUUCAACACCACUCCGGUGUUUGCGUUGAGAUGCUUUCAGGGUCUUUGCCCUCGCCCACCUCUUUAUGGUCAUGUUCUCGCUCGAGGCUGGCAAAGUAUAAAAGGAGCGCUUCUCGUCCCUUCGUAGCAAUACUAUCCAUUCAUCCAGCAUCCUUCCGCAACACAUCAAUCAUCGAUGCCCCAUUUUCAUUUCGCAGUCAUGGCUUUGGUCCUGCUGUUCACUCCGAUCCUCAUCCUCUCUGGCAUUGUAGCUGGUUCACCGGCUGCAACUACUAUACCAGUGAACGUGACCACUCCAGGCAACGACAGUACGACAGAUCUCCCCUCUGGGCCAUUUUUCGGAAUUCCCGAAGACUACAUCCAAAAGGUCCUUCGAUUUUACACUGAACAUCCAGAUGCGGACGACCAAGGUCAGGACUUUGCCAAGUUCGACAAACGAGGAUCUACAAAGAUCGGUACCCCUGCAACUACAACCGAAGGCCAUCAUCUAUCGAAGCGAGAUCAGGCCGAAGUCUUACAGACACGACAUUGCCUGGCAGGCCAGCAAAUCAUGAUGGCCCAUUGCAAUCCUAAAGUCAGCUUGCAACAUUACACGGUUCAUUGUGUCCAAGGCGACAGCAACUGGGAAGGGAAUCUUUACGGCGACCACAUGGAAGAUGGAUCAUGUACUGCUGAUGAAGUCUGUGUCGAUGUACCCUUUCAGUUUGUGUACGUAUACCAAUGGGAAUACCCUUUCCCUCAUCACAAACCAAACUAUGAACGAACACUGACAAUGGUAAAAUGCGUGCCAGCCGCUCUCAGAACUACAGUUCCUGCCAAUGACAAUUCGGCAAUCAAGGAUUCAACGAGUACUUCUGUUCAAUAUGGUCACAAACGAGUCCAAGGGCUUAGAAACAAUGCGCCACAGGACGCCACUUUUCAGCUUCUUGAUGUCUCGGGUAGCGUUUCCGUUGCAAGUUUUUUCCUGAGCGAUCAUCCGUUAGAGAAAACACCUGAUUUGAAAUUGAAUGACCGGUACAGUGUUAAGGCAAGUGUUCACGGAGCGACAUGCAACAGGCGGGGUUACAGAGAGAAGGUAUGUGAGACACGCAUGGCCAGCAAACUUGACUCUUCAAGUUGCAUUCCCGACAAAUUUCACUGGCUCCCGAAGUUUACUCACAUUGACUGCGAAUUUGCGCUCGCGUCCGUUCAGGCGGUGAUUUUCUUCUAUGUCGUUGUGCCCAAAAGUUCUCUCUGAGGUGGAGUAUUUACCUUGCUGGACAACUUUAUGGAGCCACCAUCUUUCAACCGUUUUUGAUCUAUCGCAAUUUGUUCCUUGGCUCAUCUAAUGAUUCGACUCAGCGACCAAGCUUCAAGACCCUUUCCACUCAAUCAUUUCUCCUCUUCUCAUUGCACAGCUUCGUAGG